AUGGCUUCUAACCAGUACGACGCUCAGGCUUCGACCAACUACAAGGAGGCUUUCUCCCUGUUCGACAAGCGCGGCAACGGCCGUGUCGCCAUCGACAGCCUCGGCGACCUGCUCCGCGCCUGCGGCCAGAACCCUACCCUCACCGAGAUCCGCGACCUCGAGAAGAACGUCGGAGGCGACUUCGACUUCGAGACCUUCCAGCGCAUCCUCAACCGCCCCGGCGGCUUCCGCGACCCUGGUGAGCCCGAGGAGUACUGCCGCGGUUUCCAAGUGUUCGACAAGGACAUGACGGGCUUCAUCGGCGUCGGCCAGCUGAAGUACAUCCUGACCAACCUCGGCGAGAAGAUGACGGAUGAGGAGGUCGACGAGCUGCUCAAGGCCGUGGACACCAGCUCCGGCCAGGUCAACUACACCGGUACGCUCCCCAUCGCCUCUCGCGCAGGCACUUCUUCUAUGCGUAACAAACUGCUGACAACAGACACAGAGCUCGUCCGCACCAUUCUUGCCAACUAA